AUGCCGGGUGGGACAGGUGUUCCUGUACUUCCAGUGGAGGUCCUGGAGGUGAGAGUGCAGCCUGGGGGGCUCACAGCGCUGACGUACCACUACGAGAGCCAGUGCAUCCCCACGCCGGGCGCGUGGCUCGCCCACCAGCUGCCCGUGUGGUUCCAGAAGCUCAGCGUGGUGGCCACCUACGUCAUCGAGGUGGCCGUGCCCGUGCUCUUCUUCGCGCCCCUGCGGCGCCUGCGCCUCUUCGCCUUCUACUGCCAGGUCCUGCUGCAGGUCCUCAUCAUCCUCACGGGCAACUACAACUUCUUCAACGUGCUGACCAUCGUGCUGGCCUUCUCCCUGCUGGACGAGGAGCACGUGGGGCGCUGGCUGGGCCGGCCCCGCAAGAGGCACGGCAGUGGCUGGCCCCCCAGCCUGGGCUCGGUGCUGGGCACGCUGCUGGAGCUCAGCACCUACGGGCUGCUGCUCUGCUGGACCGUGCGCUGCUUCGGCCUGCAGCUCGACUGGGACAGGAGGCUGCUGGACUCCAAAGUGGCCUUCACCUACCACGAGUUCACCACGUGGCUGCGCACCGUGACGCUGCCGCUCGUGGGGGUGGCCUUCCUGUCCCUGUCCUGGGAGAUCCUGGUGGCCAUGUACCGCUGUGCCUGUGUGCGGGGAUGCUUCUGGAAGCUCUGGGCCACCCUGCAGUGGGCCAUCAUGGCCACGGCCACCGUGAGCCUGUUCGCCGUUAGCCUGGUGCCCUUCACCUACAUCGAGCACGAGUCCAACGGGAAGCUGUGGCCCGGGAUCCACCAGAUGUUCGGGGCCGUGGAGCGCUUCCAGGUGGUCAAUUCCUACGGGCUCUUCCGCAGGAUGACCGGCGUGGGCGGCCGGCCAGAGGUCAUCCUGGAGGGCAGCUACGACGGGCACAGCUGGACACCCGCAGUGAUCCGCCUGGUGCAGACGGACGAGUCCCGGUACCCGUUCCACGGCCGCCCGCCCACCUUCCUGCGGGCCCAGCUCUACAAGUACUGGUUCACGGCCCCCAACGAGGGCAGCCCGGGCGCGGCUCCGUGGUGGCGGCGGCAGCACGUGCAGGAGUUCUUCCCGGCCGUGUCCCUGGGAGACCCCACGCUGGAGUCCCUGCUCAGCCAGCACGGCCUCAAGGACAAGCCCCCCUCUCUCCGCCGCGCUGCCGCCGUGCUGCCGCGGCUGCUGGGCUGGGUGCGCCGCCUGUGCCAGCCGGUCUCGGGCCCUGCCCUGCUCUGGUCCCUCUACCUGGUGGCCGCCACCGCGGGGCUGCUGCGAGCCCUGGCCCGGCGGGCCCGGGGGGGACAAGCCCCCGCCCGCCACAAGGGAGCCCGGGAGCGCAACGGGGCGCGGGGCACGGAGGGGGCGCGGGGCACGGAGGGGGCGCGGCCCGAGGGCCGGCACGCCAACAAGAGGAAGAAGUAGCCCCCGCAGCCCCCCAAAAUCGGGGGGCAGGGAGGGAGUCCCCGGGUGGGGGGGCAGCGCUUGUUGGAGCCCGGCGUGGGGGGGCCGUGUGGCAGUGCCUUCAGCACCGUGUGGCCUGGGACACACCCAGGCCUUGGGGACCCCUUGGGGACACCUCCCCAGUGUCCAGGCACUCCUGGAGACCUCUCCCUGCUAGCUGGGGACCCUCCCUAGGAUUUGGGGGCUGCUUGGGGACAUGUCCCAGUGUCUGGGGACCCUGCCCCCAUGCCCAGGAACCCCUUGGGCUCCCAGCCCCAAUAGCGGGGGACCCCUCCCCAGUGCCCAGGGACCCCUUGGGGACCCCUCCAGACCCCACAGUGUGGGGGCUCAGCACAGGUCAGGGGCUCAGAGCGGGUGGGGGCUCUGUGCCCGCGGGCUGGAGCAGUUUGGGCAGUGCCAGCCCUCCGUUACCCUGCCCGGCCCCUCAGGUCACUUUGGGGUCCCCCCUGGCACUUUGGGGUGCUCCCUCCUCGCGGGCUCUGCCCAUCCCGUGGUUCCCCCUGCCCGGCUCGGCUCGAGCCCAGAGGUUUCCUAUAAUUUUCUAAUUAAAGCCUUUGACAUUCCA